AUGGUUCUUGCCGUUAUCGUUGUUAAAUUCCUUUUGCUGGUAUCGGUGGUGUCUUCUAAAGUUAUACUUCAAAAUCCGAGUUUCGAAACUCGACCAACAAAUCUAACGACAAAUGCCACCUCCGGAUUUGCUCUCCUUGAUGCCAAAGCGAACGUUAUCCCCGGUUGGUCGUUUAAUGGCACGGUUUGGUACGUAACAUCGGGUGAAAACAUUUCGCUGCCCGAAAAUGGUCACGGCUUGCAGUUGGGUCCAAACGGUACGAUCAACCAGACAUUCAGAUCAACUGGAAGUUACGAUUACGUCCUCACCUUCACACUUGCUCCGAGCCGGGAAAACUGCGCCAACAACUUCACGGCUGUAAAUGUUUCGGGCCCGGGUACAUCGGAGGUGUUUUUUUUCAAAGAAUCACUCGGGAAAGAAUCAUGGCAAACUUAUGGUUUUUCGUUAGGGAGCCGUGAAAACCGAAGGGGUCUUAUGAGUUUACAGAUUCAAAGUGUUGCGACCGAUAGUCGUAGUAAUACAAGUUGUUGGCCGAUCGUCGACACUCUUCUGAUCAACGGGAUUCAGAAUCCAAGGAUGUAUUCAGAUAAUGGCUUUGUAAACAGUGGGUUUGAAGUUGGACCAGCAUUUAUCGACAACUCCUCUCAAGGAAUCCUACUCGAGGCUGAUUCCAACAACGAUCCUUCCAAUUUUGUUAAAUCUCCACUGCAAGAUUGGAUCAUUUUAGGCACCGUUAAAUAUAUCGACUCGAAACAUUUCGCGACGCCACGAGGCCGAGCAGCGGUCGAGCUCGUUUCCGGUAAUCCGUCGGGAAUCCUGACAAACGUGUUCUUUUUGAGACAUGGGCAAGUUACUCUCGAUUUUAUCAUGGGCGAUGCUAAUGACUCGUGUGUCGGAGAUUUCACGGUGUUUCUGCAAGUCGGAAACACGAUAUGGAACUUUACAAUGAGGAGCAUCGGUCUCGGAUCAAGAGAGAAGCAUUCCGUGACAUUUAAGGCGGAAUUUAGCGAUUCGGAUUCAGUUCCUAUCAGUUUUGUCAGCUUUAACGAGACUCGAACUAGUGAUCACCAGGUGUUAUGUGGACCCGUUAUUGAUAGCACGAAAAUAUGGUUUUCCAAUGGGAAACAAUUGGGUAACAAACUUGUGACUUUUAGCUUCGUUUUUGUAACGACAUUUCUAUUUAUGGCAUAA